AUAUUGAGUUCAUUAAAUAAUUAAUUACAACUUAUAAGUAAACCUUUUAGUUUUAUGGUAAGCCUACAAGUGUCACAUCGUUUUUGUUUUUAUUAUUUAAAAAAGGCCAAGUAAAUAUCUAUUAAAAUACGAUUUUUGAAUCAACACAAGUGACAUACUAUCUUUUGUGUAAAAUCUGAAAACUACACGGGAAAUCUGAAGUAUAGAAUAAUCACUGAAAUGAAACUCGUCUCCGUUUGUCUUUGUACCAGUACUGGUAAGGUGUACACAUACAGUACAGUGUUACGGACGUUAUUUAUGUAUAAUUGGAAAUAUGUAAGGUUUAUGUCAAAAAUUAGAGAACCAAAAACACCUCAAUCACCCUUCACCAACUCGUCUAGCUUUCAGAAGAAUAAAUUUAGAUUUACCAAUUUGGAACCAGAAAAUAGUCUUCAGCAUCAUAAUCAAGCAACAAAUCGUCACCCCAAAAAAGGAAACUUGACCAGUCCAAAUCUUUAUGAUGCCACAAACUUCAUGCAGAAGACUUGCAACAAAUCUGUUUCAUACUCAUUAAUGAGUGAAGAUUUAGUAAAAAAAAAUAAUUCAACUCGUGUUUGGAGAGAUGACAUGGACAAAUUUGAAGUGAAAGGGGAGAUUCUGUAUGGACUUCAUCCUGUCAGCCUAGCUUUGAAAGAAAAAAGACGACACAUUUUUAAAUUGUUUGUAAAACAGAUCAAUAACCCAGAAAUUAUUCAUAAAGAGCCAGCUUUCAAUCACAUUUUAGAAUUAGCUCUUGCUGUUGAUGUUCCUGUCCAAAAAGUGUCAAGAAGUGUCUUAGAUAUCCUGUCAAAAAGACACGUUCAUCAGGGAGUGUGUUUAGAUGUUAGUAAACUGAAACUGAAGAACGAGCAAGAAGUUUUUCUUAGCUUAAAAGACAAAAAAUAUUUCUCAAACAAACAACAUCCAGUGUGGUUGGUAUUGGAUCAAAUACAAGAUCCAAUGAACUUUGGUGCAGUUUUGAGAUCGGCAUAUUACUUUGGAAUUGAUUGUUUACUAGUUGUAAGAGAUAAUAGUUGUAGACUGUCACCUGUCGUUAGUAAAGCCAGUGCUGGCUCCUUAGAAGUUUUAGAUCUCUACCAAGUAAAUAGCCUACCAGCUUUUUUACGGAUGAUGAAACAAGAAGGUUGGAAUAUUGUUGGAACUAGAGGUUAUAGUGAAAAGAAGAGUUAUGCUGAAGAUAUCCCACUGGUUUCUGUAGAAGAUUUCAUACUGGCUAAACCAACUGUGAUAAUAAUUGGUAGUGAAGGCAGGGGAGUAUCAUCUGAUGUGCAUGAUCUUUGUGAUACAUUUCUAACUGUUUCACCUGGUCGGUUACUUCACACAGACAUUGAGUCUUUAAAUGUAUCUGUUGCAACAGGUAUCAUACUUCAUAGGCUACUACAAAUGCACAACAGUUAGCAAAAAGUAUGAAAGAUUAGUACAAAAAAUUACUUUGUCUUGAAAUUCUGUUAUAGAAAUGUACUUUCUCUUGAGAUGUUAAAAAACACUUUCAAUUGAAAUAGUUUUUAUUAAAAUACAGCUUUUGUAAAAUAAAACCAUCCCUUCUAUUAUAUACAUUGU